UCACCUCCAAACAACCGUUACUGUUCGGAGAAACCAAAAUCAGCAUUAAAAAAAUUCCGAUGACCCGGAAAAAGAACUCAACCUCUUCCCUCGAGAUCGACGGCGAAUAGACAUAAUAGACAACGACAUUGCCAAAAAUCAAGAUCCCACGACGUCGAAAGUUCCGAUGAACCAAAUCGAAGAAGAUCCAAACCCUAAUCUACCGGAACGUCUCUUCGCCAUUGAUUCACAUCCCGACGGAGCACGUCUUAACAUAUACUCAAGACCCGAGUACCUUGGUACAAUCGCUACCCUUCUCAAAGGCACUAAAGAAUGGGACCGAAUCAGGAGUUCACAAUUUGGGAAACUCUUCGAGCUCCCUGUCGCUCGGUGCUCACAUUCAGGCAAGUUGAUACAUGGUUUGUUAUUCCGACAGCUCGUCACUCAAAAGAAACACGAGCUUUGGUUCGUCUUUGGUGGACACCCUAUGCGUUUCUCUAUACGAGAGUUUCACAUAGUGACAGGUCUUAGUUGCGGUGAAUUGCCAAAGAUAGAGAAGAAUCAGGAGGAGGAUCCUGAGUACUUGUCUGUGUGGUAUAGGCUUUUCGGAAGUAAAAAAACUAGUGUUGUCACAGUUGGACAUGUGUUGGAGAUGUUGUUACAGAAUGAUAAAAUCACUGAUGAGAGAAAACAGUUGUCUUCUUGGAAAAAGCUUUGUCUGGCUCUCAUUGUGAUUGUGGAUGGUGUUGUUGUGUGUUCGGAUAAAGACUCAGUCAGUCCGGAUUUUGUGGAGAUGUUAAAUGAUAUCGACUACUUUUUGAGUUAUCCAUGGGGGAGAAGAGCUUUCACCGAGACCAUUCGUCGUUUUGGGCCGCCCAAGGACGAAUCUAAUCCGAUAGGAGUACUAAAGAAGCGUAUGAAACAGAAGACGAGCGCUUGCUAUGGCUUUCCUCUAGCUCUUCAGCUCCAAGCUCUUCAGUCUAUUCCGGUUAUAUUGGAGAGGAUAAAUCAUAUAACGGAUAUUCGGGACUUUACUGAGAGGUCAGCUGAGGGGUUAUCAUCCACGCGUCUGCUUCGUAAGACUGACAUACUUGAGGCUGAGGUUGAUGACAAACUUGUGGUUGCAUACACAUUGGAACCUAAGGGAAUGAUUAACGAAUCUGAGUUGGUUUGGGACACAGAGGUUUCUGAUCCUAAGGUGGAUUACAUUUUGAGAUUGAUCAACGAGGGACAUAUUUUCAAACCGUUUGAAUGGCCACUCUUGAAAGCAGCAUAUCAAGCAAGGCACAAAAAGCCUAUUCCAAAUAAGCCGAAGCAUAAACCUCUUACUAGGUGUUCUAUGAAGGAGAAGGAAGUUGCCAAGCCUCCUACCAUCCACAAACAUAUUUCUCAGAACAAACCAACGGAAAAGGUUCAUGUUGGCAGAGAAAGUAGCGACCCGAGGUACGUCACGCUUUCUCACUUGAAUGACAUGAAGGAGUGGAUACUGAAACAGAAUGAAGAACUUAGGAGCAAGAUUAGGGAGGACAUUAAAGAAAUGGUUGGUCCCAAAUCACAUUCGCAGGACGACACACCCGCAGGAGGAGCAUCUAAUCUGCGCCGAUCAAACAGGCUUAACACCAACUGUAAGGAAAACAUGGCUAAGACUGAUGCACUCUCUAAGAAAACCGGCAACACAGAAACGCGAAAACGUAAACGGGUAGAGGUUCACUCCAUAUCAAGUGGAGGCGUGUCAGGCAAUGACAACGAAGGCGUAGAGGAUGUUCAGUCUUUAAGGAAAGAGUCUAGAGUAAGUGGAGAGGAUGUUCAGAGUCCAUGGAAUGAGGACGGAAAUGCGCAAAGCCCGGGUACAUGUUAUCAGUGGGAUGAUUAUGGAGAUGCUCUAAAAAUCAUUGAGGAAGAGGAUUUGAUGCAGGAAACAAGCUACUUUGAUCACUGUCCAAAUUGUGUGAAGACUAAAGAAUCAAUGAUGAGAGAGAUAGAGAAUCUUAAACUGAAUCUUCAACUGUACCAAGGACAUAGCAUGAAUGAUUUAAGCUACGACGAUCUCCUUCGUUCAGAGCUCCAACUCGAAUCUUCUCUCCGUGGUGUUCGAGCUCGUAAGUUUGAGUUCUUGCAGCAGCAACAACAAACAGACAAGCAUAAGGGAAAGGGAAAGGAAAUACUCAUGGAUGAAGAAAGCACACAAUUUUCCAAUCCGGUACGUGCCUUGGUGUGUCAAAGGCAAGAAGCUGAUGACAUCAACCGGCAAGUGAAGAAGGAGUUCCCUUCUUACAGCUAGGAACCCGCCGGCUGCCACAACCAACCCCGAGACUAGGCGCAAACUAAGGCCCAUAACUUCUCUCUGUCUAGCUAAUAUCAGAUAAUAACUUAAGCAGAUCGACUCAGUUUGGUUCUGUUCAGUUGUUAUCAGCCCCUACCAGACUUGUUGCGUUGCUGACUUCUAAUGAACAUUGGCCAUGCUUUGAUUGCUUUCGUAUAAUAUUAAAAGGAAAGCUUUGUCGACAAAAAAAAAAAAAAAA